CGGUCGAAAGAAGGGGUCCCAGGCAGCCAUGAUGAUGAUGAAGGGGCUGUACCCUACCCUGGGCGGGAACAUCAUGGCUGCCGCAGGCCAAGAAACUAACGUAAAAACACUUCGUCCUCGUUUUUACCAUGAUAGAAGCUAUCGCCACGGGUUUCUUGGAACCGUAAGUGACUUACAGAAGGCCGAAGUUCUCCAGGAUGUGGUUCUUGAAGUCGAGGGCCGCCGGUUUCCCUGCCACCGGCUUGUUUUGUCCGCGGCCAGCCCCUAUUUCCGGGCGAUGUUUACAUCUGAUAUGGCGGAGAGUCGGCAGAAGACGGUUGUUUUGAAGGGUUUGGAUACAGCCAUGUUUGGGGAGAUCCUGAGUUACAUCUACUCGGGAACCCUCCAUGUGUCCCUGGACAGAGUGCAGCACCUGUACCAGGCAGCUGACCUCCUGCAGCUGGACUAUGUGAGAGACACCUGCAGCAGCUACAUGGCCAUGAACGUGGAGCGCUCCACCUGUGUGGACCUGUACAAGUUUGCUGAUGCCUUCGCUGUGGACAUUGUUUUGAACCGUUGUCUGCAGUGUAUCUGUCGGCACUUUGCUAAGGUUUCCAUCAGUGAAGAGUUCUGCAGCCUGAGUGUGGAUCAGCUGACUGAGAUCAUCAGCCAUGAUGAGCUGGAUGUUAAAGAGGAGACAAGAGUGUGGGAGGCUGUGGUGAGAUGGGUGCAGCACAGAAGGGAGGAUAGACUGCAGCACCUACCCAGCAUCCUCCCUCACAUCCGCUUCAACCUGUUGACCUCAGACAACAUGGCAGCCAUCUUAGAACAUCCCCUGGUCAGGGAGGAUCCUGGGAUAUCAGAGGUCAUCAGGAACGAGGUACAGACGGAGACCUCCUCCCAGAAGACAAGAGUCGGGAUGGACACCCAGGAAAUGGCACUACUCUUUGGCUCAAUCAAGAGAGAGAUGCUGUGUAUGAACCCCAGAGUCGGGCGGUACAUCAGCUGUGGUUACCCAGCAGACCUUCCUCCUGUCGUCACCACGACUGUUACCAGCGACAACGACAUCUACAUCUUAGCCGGACACUCGCACGCUGAACUAUCCCUGUUUGUCUACAACCAUGUAGGGAACACGUGGGAACACGUGUCGUCUGUUUCUAGAUCACGUGGGGAUGACUUACCGAGCGAUGAAUACCUUGUUGAAGUGGACGGAUGUUUGUAUUAUCUCGCGGUGAAGCUGUCGCUGACCGCGGACAUGCUCGUGUGGGUGAGGCGGUACAACCGACACACUAACCAAUGGGAGGACUGCGCGCAGCCGGCGCUCGAGGCAACGUCGGAUAUCAGCGUGGCGUUGUCGUGUGGUUCGUACUUAUAUUUCUUCACGAACGCGGAAAUGCAUCGCUACGAUCCCGGACAGGACUGCUGGAGCAAGCGGACCCCGCUCAACGCCAUCCCACUCCUCUGCACGGCUGUUGCCAUGGGAACUACCGAGAUCUUCUGCACGGACACUCGCUUCAGCGAGAUGGCAGUGUACGACACGGUGUCGGAUGUCUGGCUAAUGGUUUCCACCGUUUUGCCGCCUCCGAGAAAUGUACCCCUUCGUGACUUGUUCAGAGUGACGGUUCUGGACAGCCCCAGUCUCUUCGUGCUAGAGAACCAGCUUCAUGUCGUGUUACGUUCGUACAGUGGGGUUCCCGUAGAGGCUGAUGAUUGGAAGAUAUUUGUGUGGGACAGACAGACGGGGGACUGGAGGGACCUAACCCCCAGCCUGCCUGCAGGAGGCUGGAAGGCCUGCGGGCCGGUGUGUUGUGUGGCUCGUAUGUACUUACCAUGUCUGAACAAGAAACGUACAGGAACAAGGAGUAUAGUACACUCUUAGGGUCAUAGGCCACAGUUACCAUGGUACCACUGUUACACUUACCAUGUCUGAACAAGAAAUGCACAGGAAGAAGGAGUAUAGUGGACUCUUAGGGACUUUUGGCACAGUUGACUACAUCAGUGAUGCAUAUACAGUACAGAGCUCCAAAUACUCUGCAUACGCUGCACUGGGUAGUAUUAAAAAGGCUUGAUUUAAGGUGACUAACAUCUGAAUGACUCAAUGCAGGUUUUAGUAGUAUUUUCAGAAACACUGUGAUCUGGUACAAAGAAACAGUUGUUGGUUUCAUGUGAUCUGAUAUCCUGUAUGUUAUGUUUUGAUGGUAAUGUCACAUGUAGGUAGUUACAAUAAGGUUUAUAGAUUCUAGUGAUGUACUUGAAUUUUCUAUGAAAUGAAAUGCAGUGAAUGAAAUGCUGUGUUCAUAAAUUCAUUGCAUUCUUACAGAAAACCAAGGUGAAGUUGUGUUCUAUUUUUGUAUGCUGUGCUUUGUGUUAUUCACUUAUAAUGUGUUAUUCACUUAUUUUUUACUCAGUUUUACAGUAAUGUAAUACUGUUAUUUUCUGUUCAGUGCUUGAUGUACUAGUA